AUGCCUCCAUUCGCGUGGAUCAAUUACACCGACGCUCGACAACCCAGGAAUGCCGCUUUACGGCACCAUGUGUACUCGCAUGUUGGCAAGUAUUUCCGCAAUCGAUCUUUUGCACGUCGGACCACCGAAAGAAACACAAUGGCGGACGAUCCUGGUCCCACCAAUUCCCGGCCCGAAUCAGUUGAUCCACCUCUCCUGCCUGAAGGUAAUGCCACCCUUGUGAACAACCCGGAUCCCGAGCCUGAAACGUCCCAACCGAGACAGCGACUCCUGCAGUCCAAGCCAACUGCAUCGAACAAGAUCAGCUGUUGCCUUGGAUCUCUCGGCCCAAUAUGUACAAAUCUCAGCAACUAUGAUGCAACCGUCCUUCACUAUUACCUCGAACAAUCCCUAAUACUCGUCUUCAACCAUGAGUUUAGAGGCAUUGUGAACAAAUCAGCCCUGUCGCAUCGGUUCUUCCCAGUCUUGAGCAACACUGCGCAGUGUGCAAUGCAAGACAAGCAGCUGCUCGACAGCCUCUUGAGCGUCACUGCCUAUCUCAUGACGAACGUAGUAGCAAACUAUGAUACACCUAUGAACUUAGGGCAUCAAGCCUCAUAUCGAGCUUUACGGAGAUUACGUACGAGCUUGAGUAUUUCUAGUACUGUCCAAUUCAUGAAUAACUUACACACGAUGCUUCAUCUCUGUAUGGGAGCGUAUCAUUGUGGAGAGAUCGAUGUUGCCUUGCUUCAUCUCAGAGCCCUUCUUCGUUUCGAGCGCCAGCUUAGCGCUCAAGAGUUAUGGGCACAAUGUAUUUGGCAAACAUUGCGCAUGUACGAUGUGUAUAUUGCAGCCGAAAACGGACAAUUUCCGAUGAUGGCAAUCCCCGGAAGCUGUAGGCUGUCAGUGGCCCAAGAUCUUUCUGAUAGCCACGAACUUUCAUUGGACACUGCUGUUGCACUCCAUGGGUCAUCAACUACCGCUGGAUCUUGGCGCUAUGCGGAAUUAGUGAAACCUUGCCAUGCAAGGUCGCUAGAAACCCGUCUGCAAGAUGGCGCGACUGCAGCCACAAUGCACUUGCCUAACGAAGAGCUACCAAUGUCUGAUGGGUUUUCCAAGGCGAUCAGGGCUGGAAUCAUCUCACGCAGGAUUGGCCAAGCGACUCGGCAAUACCUUGAACUAGCCGAGUUUGCCAACGAGUGCAUGAUGUCUGCAUCUGUGGACAUGGAAGCACUUGAAUGGUCCCACCAACGCACCGUCAGCCAAUUGCAUGAGCUUUGUAUCCUCCACAAGCAAAUCUCUAUUGAUCAGUCUCUGAAUGACCUAGCCGUUCAGGCUAAGCCAUAUCCCGGAAGUAGGCCCACGGGAUUCGCCCAGCUUACCCAGGCGACGAUACUUGCGAUACAGAUUGACCUAUUCGUCAACCAAGGACCUUGGCUGGGUCGCGCAACUCGAGUCUUGUUGCGAAGGCUGAGGCGAUGCUUGGACGGCUUAAAUCCCAGAUCCUGUUCCAACUUGACUGAAGUGGAUCUCUCUCCAGAUGCAAGAGGUAUGAUUCUUAUCCAUCAGCAACUGCGACUGUGGAUCGUAUUCAUUGGGAUACUUGCCGCAAAUGAUUCACCAGAUGAUCUAGCAUGCUUUGAAAACCAAGCCGUAUGUCUCACGAAAUCUCUGGGUAUCCACAAUGCCGCCGCUAUCAGCUCCAUUCUGAACGUCUUUGGAGCAACGAAGCCAUAUGAAGGUGCCCGAAUCCACAAAAUCGGGCAAUUAUUUGCUAGAAAGUAUUUGUUGUGA